UGGAGGACAUUUAAUAUGGGCUUGUGGCUUUAUGGGCUUAUGGGUUUACUUUCGGAUGUUCAUGUGGUUAUAUUAAUUUUACGAACCAGUUAGGGUUUUAGUCUUUCUCGCCGCACGCCUUUCUUCCCAGCAGCAGCAGCAGCAGGUGAAGGAGAAGGAUGUCGCACAGGAAGUUUGAGCACCCCAGACAUGGUUCUCUUGGAUUUCUUCCCAGGAAGCGUGCUGCUCGCCACAGAGGAAAAGUGAAGGCUUUUCCCAAGGAUGACCCAACCAAACCUUGCAAGCUAACUGCUUUCUUGGGCUACAAGGCGGGUAUGACCCAUAUCGUCAGAGAGGUCGAGAAACCCGGAUCAAAGCUUCACAAGAAGGAAACAUGUGAGGCCGUUACCAUCAUCGAGACGCCACCAAUGGUAGUUGUCGGUGUGGUGGCCUACGUCAAGACGCCACGUGGGCUUCGAUCUUUGAACACUGUGUGGGCCCAGCAUCUGAGCGAAGACGUGAAGAGGCGGUUCUACAAGAACUGGUGCAAGUCCAAGAAGAAGGCGUUCACUAAAUACUCCAAGAAGUUUGAAUCCGACGAGGGCAAAAAAGACAUUCAAUCCCAGUUGGAGAAAAUGAAGAAAUACGCAACCGUUAUCAGAGUCUUAGCUCACACUCAGAUAAGAAAAAUGAAGGGAUUGAAGCAAAAGAAGGCACAUCUUAUGGAAAUUCAAGUCAACGGCGGAACCGUUGCUCAAAAGGUUGACUUCGCAUACGGGUUUUUCGAGAAGCAAAUCCCGAUCGAUGCUGUUUUCCAGAAGGAUGAAAUGAUUGACAUCAUUGGUGUCACAAAGGGAAAAGGUUACGAAGGUGUUGUGACCCGUUGGGGUGUGACCCGUUUGCCACGUAAGACUCACAGAGGUCUUCGUAAGGUUGCAUGUAUCGGAGCAUGGCAUCCUGCCAGAGUGUCAUUUACCGUUGCCAGAGCUGGUCAAAACGGAUACCAUCACCGUACCGAAAUGAACAAAAAGAUUUACAAGCUUGGUAAAACCGGUCAAGAAUCCCAUACCGCUCUUACCGAGUUUGACAGGACUGAGAAAGACAUAACUCCAAUGGGUGGUUUCCCUCACUAUGGUGUGGUGAAGGAUGACUACUUGUUGAUCAAAGGUUGUUGCGUGGGGCCCAAGAAGAGGGUGGUUACUCUUCGUCAAUCAUUGCUUGCGCAAACGUCACGUUUGGCUCUUGAAGAGAUCAAACUCAAGUUCAUCGACACCUCAUCCAAAUUCGGUCAUGGUCGUUUCCAGACCGCAGAGGAGAAGCUCAAGUUCUACAACCGCCAGAAGGCAUAAGAAAAUGAUUUGUUCUUAUAAUGUCUUGUUUGGUCAGUUGUGAUAGAAGGUUUUGUUGCCAUUGAAGUACUGUUAUGUUGGUUUUAAUGUUUUAAGAGACCAGUUUUGUUGGCAUGAGUUUUGUUGUUGGUUGAGUUUGUUCAUGGACAUGCUUUUCCUUUAUAAAUUUUGUGUUUUUAUCUGUCUUAAA